GACACCCCUGGUCCUUUCCCUCCCAGAAGCCCGCAGGAACCCCGUCGGUAUCAUGGCCGCAGGAGCCGGGACGGCGGGCUCCGCUUCCGGCACGGGCGUCGUGCGUGACCCGGUGGCGUCACAGCCGAGGAAACGGCCCAGCCGGGAGGGCGGGGAAGGCGCGCGGCGGUCGGACGCGAUGGCGGGAGGAGGCGGGAGCGGCGGCGGCGGGCGGCCGGCGGGACGGCGGGCUUCUCGCAGCGGCGGGCGGGCUCGGCGAGGGCGCCACGAGUCGGGGCUGGGGGGCGCGGCGGAGCGAGGCGCGGGCGAAGCGCGACUGGAGGAAGCGGUCAACCGCUGGGUGCUCAAGUUCUACUUCCAUGAGGCGCUGCGGGCCUUUCGGAGUAGCCGGUACGGGGACUUCAGGCAGAUCCGGGACAUCAUGCAGGCUUUGCUUGUCAGACCCUUGGGGAAGGAGCACACGGUGUCCCGGUUGCUGCGGGUUAUGCAGUGUCUGUCGCGCAUUGAAGAAGGGGAAAAUUUAGACUGUUCCUUUGAUAUGGAGGCUGAGCUCACACCACUGGAAUCAGCGAUCAAUGUCCUGGAAAUGAUUAAAACAGAAUUUACAUUGACAGAAGCAAUGGUUGAAUCCAGUAGAAAACUGGUCAAGGAGGCUGCUGUCAUUAUUUGUAUCAAAAACAAAGAAUUUGAAAAGGCUUCAAAAAUUUUGAAAAAAUACAUGUCCAAGGACCCCACAACUCAGAAGCUGAGAAACGAUCUACUGAAUAUUAUCCGAGAAAAGAACCUGGCCCACCCUGUUAUCCAGAACUUUUCCUAUGAGACCUUCCAGCAGAAGAUGUUGCGCUUCCUGGAGAGCCACCUGGAUGACAACGAGCCCUACCUCCUCACGAUGGCCAAAAAGGCCUUGAAAUCUGAAUCUGCUGCUUCAAGUACAGUGAAGGAAGAUAAGCAGCCAGCCCUGGAGCCUGUGGAGAAGCCACUCAGAGAGUCUCCAAGGCAGCUGCAAAGUACUCCAACCACCUUUGGAAUUAGAACUCUGAAGGCAGCUUUCAAAGCUCUGUCCACUGCACAAGACUCAGAGGCAGCCUUUGCAAAACUGGACCAGAAAGAUCUGGUACUUCCUAAUCUAGCAUCCCCAUCAUCACCAGCCCACAAAAACAAGAGACCCAGGAAAGAUGAAAACGAAAGCUCAGCUCCUGCUGAGGGUGAGGGAGGCUCAGAACUGCCACCCAGGAACAAACGCAUGACAAUAAGCAGAUUGGUUUUGGAGGAGGACAGCCAAAGUUCUGAGCCCAGUCCAGGCCUCAACUCCUCUCAGGAGGCCAUGCCAGUAUCACCAUCCAAGCCCACAGCUCUCAACCAACCCCACAGAAGGGAGAAGAAGCCAAAAGUAUCCAAAGGCAAGUGGAACAGCUCUAACAGUGCUGAAGAAAAAGAAACUUGGGUUGAAGAGGACAAACUAUUUGAAGUUCAGGCACCAGGUGAAGCCAAUUCAACCAUUAUAACAAGAAAGCAGAAGUGGACCAUAGAAGAAAGCGAGUGGGUGAAGGCUGGAGUGCAGAAAUUCGGGGAAGGAAACUGGGCUGCCAUUUCUAAAAAUUAUCCCUUUGUUAACCGAACAGCUGUGAUGAUUAAGGAUCGCUGGCGGACCAUGAAAAAACUUGGCAUGAACUGAAACAGACUUCCAUUCCCAGAAGAUUCACAGGAGCAUGAUCUGGACACUAGUCCCUGGUGGUCUGCUGUUUUUUUCAGAUGCUGGCCUGGAAUUAGAAUUUGGGGCAACCUCCUUCAGUGCAGGAAGGUCCCAGGUCCACACCAUCACUGUUGGAGAUCACAGAGCUAAGACUCAAAGCCAAGUCCGCCCCGUGUCUGUGGCAGAGAUGACAGGCACACAGCUUGUAUAAUGACAGACUAUCACUAGCAUUUCCCUUCUUUAGUGAUUUGCUUAAACUUAAAUCCCCAGUAUCUGUAGAACCUUCUCCUAGGAAAUGAUGGAGUGCAUUAGGAGCAACUUACAACCUGGUAACCUGUUAAGCCAGCAAUGUGAGCAUUAUCUGAAGUGAGCUUACUCCUUGUUGAGCUUUGGCCUUCUGACACAAAUACAAAGGAACCAUGUGUGUUAUGAGCCCAGGCUGAUGAGAGACCAGUCCUUGGGGAACCAGAUUACUCUGUUUAGCCACCUGUGAUGUCAACCCUAGACCUGACUGCCUUGGCAUUCAAUAUUGUGUGCUGGGCUGUGACAGAGGUUAUUCUCCAUACUUCUGUGGUUGAACCAGUGUGUUUUUUGGUAAAAUGGUGAUUGUAGAUAAGCUUAGCCCCCACCCCCAAAGAUCCCUUCCUUAUGCUGGACUUUUAAAGCUUAAAAAAAUCCUGAUUGAAUAUAAUGCCUAAUUUCAUUUUUGUGAAGUGUUCGCUUCCGCCUGAUUCCCUAAUUGUGCUGUGUUAGUGUCUUGCACUGGAAUUCAACAUGCCCUUCUUUUGUACCGUGUCAUGCUUGCUGUCUCUCAGACAUCCUUAAAGACUCUUUUUAGCAAAAAACAAAAACAAAAAAUUCAGUAAAGUGUUUUCUGUAAUCUUUUUAACUAUGAGAACUAAUUGUUGAUACUUGUAGCAUUCUUCAUUAAAGUCCUGCUUCUCUCAGA